AUGGUCGCUUUCCUAGGAAACGACAGCUCAACAAAGCUUCAGAGGGUAUAUAAAGACACACGCUGUGACCACAUUCAGUACAGUUCAGCAGAGGGGGGGUCAGCAUGGGACGACGUCAAUAUUGCCCGGGAGAUAGGCACAGAUUGGCACAGAUGGCGACCGAAGCCAUCUCGUCGCUUCUCCGUCUCACCGCCCCCACGUCUCGCCACCCCCACGUAUAGCCACCUCCACGUCUCGCCGCCUCUACGUCUCGCCGCCUCCACGUCUCACCACCUCCCCGUCUCGCCACCUCCCCGUCUCGCCGCCUCCACGUAUCGCCGAGUCCACGUAUCGCCGCCUCCACGUCUCGCCACCUCCACGUAUCGUCGUCCCAACGUAUCGUCGUCCCCACGUAUCGUCGCCCCCACGUAUCGCCGCCCACACGUAUCGCCGCCUCCACGUCCCGCCGCCUCCACGUCCCGCCGCCUCCACGUAUCGCCACCUCCAUGUCUCGCCGCCUCUACGUCUCGCCGCCUCCACGUCUCGCCACCUCCACGUCUCGCCGCCUCCACGUCUCACCGCCUCCACGUCUCGCCACCUCUACGUAUCGCCGCCUCCACGUCCCGCCGCCUCCUCGUCUCGCUACCUCCACGUAUCGUCGUCCCCACGUAUCGUUGCCCCCACGUAUCGCCGCCUCCACGUCCCGCCCCCUCCACGUCCAGCCGCCUCCACGUCUCGCCACCUCCACGUAUCGUCGUCCCCACGUAUCGUCGUCCCCACGUAUCGUCGCCCCCACGUCUCGCCGCCUCCACGUCUCGCCACCUCCACGUCUCACCACCUCCACGUCUCGCCGCCUCUACGUAUCGCCGCCUCCACGUCCCGCCGCCUCCACGUCUCGCCACCUCCAUCUAUCGUCGUCCCCACGUAUCGUCGCCCCCACGUAUCGACGCCCACACGUAUCGCCGCCCCCACGUAUCGCCGCACCCACGUAUCACCACCCCCACGUCUCGUCGCCUCUCACGUCUCUUCGCCUCUCACGUCUCUUCGCCUCCCACGUCUCGUCGCCUCCCACGUCUCGUCGCCUCCCACGUCUCGUAG